CUGAGGACCCACCCACCUCCGGGCUGCUCUCUCUCCCUCUGGCUCUGCUAGUCCCUCUUCCUGAAUCUGAAGCCCGUAGCCGAUAAGUUUUGAAGAUGAGUUACCCAGGAUACCCUUCUCAGUCCAGCGGCUACCCUCCAGCAGCAGGCGGCUACCCUCCUCAGGCAGGCGGCUACCCUCCUCAGGCAGGCGGCUACCCCCCAGCGGCAGGCGGCUACCCCCCAGCAGCAGGCGGCUAUCCCCCAGCAGCAGGCGGCUACCCUCCUGCAGCAGGCGGCUACCCCCCACAGGCCGGCGGCUACCCCCCACAGGCAGGCGGAUACCCACCUCAGGCUGGUGGUUAUCCUCCCGCUGCUGGCGGUUAUCCUCCUGCAGCAGGUGGUUACCCACCAGCAGCAGGGGGCUUCCCUCCCCAGUCCGGUGGUUACCCUGCCCCAGCCGGAGGCUUCCCUCCUCAGGCAGGAGGAUACCAACAGUCUGGAGCAGGAGGCUAUCCUUCCAUGCCACCAGCAGCUGGAGGUUGGGGUGCAGCACCAGGCGGUGGAGCGCCAGGAGGGGCUCAGCAGGGAUACCCAGGGGGUCCCGCCCCAGGCCAGUCCAUGCCAAAUUACCCUGGAGCCCCUGCGACUAACCCCUCAAUGCCUGGAUAUGGAAGUGGAGCUCCGUCCAACCCUCAGGCGCCUCCUAUUUCUAAAGGAUACAGGGGUUCUAUAAAAGACUUUCCAGGGGCUGAUCCACUGAGGGAUGUUGAGGUUCUCCGAAAAGCUAUGAAGGGUUUUGGCACUGAUGAAAGCGCCAUCAUCGAACUUUUGGGAAGUCGUACCAGCAAGCAGAGGGUUCCAAUGGUAGCAGCCUAUAAAACCACUUAUGGGAAGGAUUUGGUCCACGAUCUGAAGUCUGAGCUCACUGGAAACUUUGAGAAACUGGUUCUUGCUAUGGUGAAGAGCCCUGCUCACUUCGAUGCAUCUGAGUGCAGAGAGGCUAUAAAGGGCGCAGGAACUGAUGAAGCUUGUCUGAUUGAGAUUCUUUCAUCACGCUCCAAUGCAGAAAUUCAUGAAAUCACCAGAAUCUACAAAGCUGAGUACGGGAAGAGCCUGGAGGACGCCAUCAGCAGCGACACCUCGGGUCACUUCCGCAGACUCCUGGUCUCUCUCUGUCAGGGAAAUCGUGACGAAAGGCAGAAUGUAGACAUCUCCCUGGCCAAACAGGAUGCUCAGAAACUGUAUGCUGCAGGAGAAAAUAAAGUGGGAACUGAUGAGUCUCAGUUUAAUGCCAUCCUGUGUGCUCGCAGCAAGCCUCACCUCCGGGCAGUCUUCCAGGAGUACCAGCAGAUGUGUGGGAGGGACAUUGAGAAGAGCAUCUGCAGGGAAAUGUCUGGAAAUGUGGAGUCUGGCAUGGUGGCUGUGGUGAAAUGCAUCAGGAACACCCCUGCCUACUUUGCUGAAAGGCUGCACAAGGCCAUGCAGGGAGCUGGGACCAAGGACACAACCCUCAUCCGCAUCAUGGUGUCCCGCUCUGAGGUUGACAUGUUGGACAUCAGACAGUGUUAUGUGCAGACUUACGGAAAAUCACUGUACACUCACAUCUCAGGUGAUACCUCCGGGGAUUACAAGAAGCUGCUGCUGAAGCUGUGUGGAGGUAGCGACUAAAAGGAAAGACAACCCUCCAUGAGGACAAAAUAUAUGUCCACACUGAAAAGUUGUUAUAGGACCAUAUAUCACCUGUGAUGCAUGCAGUUAAUGUUAGUUACCUAUAACAACAGUCAAUCAUGAUUACUUUUUGUAUUCUCAUCAGUGACAUAAUAGUUUUGUUUUUGCGUCUGUACUGUGGUAGAUGAUUGACAAAUAUAUAUUGAUAGAAGGAAUUUUUAUUUUAGAGAUCCAGAAAUUGAUUGAAAUUCUAUAAAGAAAGAAAUUAACUAUAUUAUAGAAUAGUAUUUCAGAUGUCCAACAAACUGCUAAACUGUAAAGAAAACCUUAUUUGGAAGAAUGAUAGUAUUUCAGAAAAACUAAAGGUACACAACAAGGCGAGUGUCACUUUUAUCUAAUAUACAAAAUACAAAUACAAUGGAUUAUUUCUGUGUUCCUGGGGUAAAGUGUACCUCACUGCCAAGCAUUUCAACUGUGUACAAGUUAAUAUAUACAAAGGUGUGUGACUAUUAUGCAAGUUUAUAGCCAAUUAUGUACGACUGAACCUCACACAGUAUAGAUAUGAUCAUUUAAUGGUUGUUAAACUUGUCACAAUUCAUAUUCAGGUUAUUUUUGAAUGUAAGAAAUAAUUAUCAUGUAUAAUGGCAUCUCAUCUAUCUUUAAUGGGGAAAUACGGCCAUUUUCAAAAUUCAAACAUGUUGUUCCAAUGGUCUAAGAAAUUAUCUUAAUUGUAAACAAAAAGUCUCUCCCAAAUCUUAGUGCUAAAUUUUGUGAUGUCAUCAAGUAUAAAGUCAGGAGGUGCUCUGCAGGUAAUGGGUCUCAUGCAAGAACAUUUCCUUCCUCUUAUUUUAUUUUCAAACUCAAAAUCACUCUAAAGUUAUCAAAUCUAUAAGAUACAUCAGUGAAAACUUAAAAAUACAAGCCACUUAAGAACAAAUCUGUUCUUCCAAGUGGUUCAUGCAUGAAGAACUUAUUCACAAAUAUUGACUGAACUCUCUGAGGCCAUGAAACUAACAUAUUGGAUUUUUAGAUUUAGGUGGCAUUCCCCUUUAAAGUAUCCAUGUUAACUAACCAAAAUUGCACACCUGCUUGCAAGUCUAUGCAAAUUAGCUUUUCACUUUAUUGAUGUUGUUCUUGAAAUGUAAACCUUUCCAAUCAUUGUUCAACAUUUCCAGACAAUGUUGCCUUUUUUCCUGAAUGCUGCAAAAGCCAAAGCUUAAAGACGGAUCAUGCUGUGCCUUUUGUCAGGGCUGCUGUGGAAAAUCUUCAGAGGUAGUCGAUGUUUCACUGCGGUUUAUCUUACUAACAAUCUAUAAUCAUACUCGCCCAGCUGCAGAAAUGUAAUCCUUGCAUUGUUUAGUUGUCAAUGUUUUGUUUACUUUUUUUAUAGUGUCCUCUACUGGUCUGUAUGAUUUACUGCCAGUAGAGGGCUCUUGAUUCACAUGAUGUGUCAUUUGAGCUGAAUAUCUGUUGCACUAACUCUUCUUUGCAACCAUCUCUGUAACAUGAUGAGGGUUGGAAUUGAAUUAAUGCAUUUUUAGUUUUCUAACAUUUUGCUAUGUCUCCUGAGACUUGCAAUCAGCCACUACUCAUUUCAAUAAAAAAUAUAAUUUUGGCAUAUC